AUGGGUCUCACAUUUUCGAAGCUCUUCGACAAGCUAUGGGGAAAGAAGGAGAUGCGCAUUCUCAUGGUCGGUCUUGACGCUGCCGGAAAGACCACGAUUCUCUACAAGCUCAAGCUCGGUGAAAUCGUCACCACCAUCCCUACCAUCGGUUUCAACGUCGAGACUGUCGAGUACAAGAACAUCCAGUUCACCGUGUGGGAUGUCGGUGGUCAGGACAAGAUCCGUCCUCUGUGGAGGCAUUACUUCCAGAACACCCAGGGUAUCAUCUUCGUCGUCGACAGCAACGAUCGCGACCGUGUUGUUGAGGCGCGUGAGGAGCUCCAGCGCAUGCUGAACGAGGACGAGCUGCGGGACGCUCUCCUCCUUGUCUUUGCCAACAAGCAGGAUUUGCCCAACGCCAUGAACGCCGCUGAGAUCACUGACAAGCUUGGUCUUCACAGCCUCCGACAACGUGCCUGGUACAUCCAGUCGACUUGCGCUACCUCCGGAGACGGUCUCUACGAGGGUCUCGAGUGCACAGACCCUCUUAUAACGAACGCCCGCCCCAUCGUUGUGGCAGAGCCCAGCCACGACGCAUCUCUACAAAACCACGGACCCUGA